AGUAGCCCGGCAAACGGGAGACCUAUUCCUGUCGCAAGAAAACAACACGGCACUUUAGCGAGCCUCACAGUAACCCGCUGCGCUAGCGGCUUGUGCUUAUAGUACUGCUCUAUUGACUUUGGAGUUUUGUCCAUCUCAUCGAGCUUGGGGCUGCCACUUGCACUUGCAGUUUACAGCGAGAGCAACGUCAAGGUCAAGGGUUUAGAAAGCACUGCGCGCCUGCAACUAUUUCUUAGGCUGUUUAUCUACGCACGCGCUCGCAGUGGCGCGCACGGUGGCGCGACAACUGCAGACGGGGCAGCCCAAGGCUCCAGUGCAAGGGUCAGCGCUAAUUAGCGAACUGACAUUGCCAAGAUGGUGAAAAGUAAAAAGCCAGGCGAGAAGAAGAAAACAAGAGCAGAUGAAUCUGGCGACGACGAAGACUUCGGCUUUGACGGGGCUUCGGACAGCGGAGACGACGCGGCUGACCGGCUGCUGCCAGGAGGAGCUCCGGACCUAUCACUGGAUGCGUUGCGAAAGGUCUUUCACCUGCCCUGUGUGGACGCCGCGGCAGCGCUGGGGGUGGCGCACUCCAAACUAAAGCGGCGCUGCCACAAGCUUCGGAUUUCGCGCUGGCCGCAGCGCAAGCUGGCGUCGCUCGUGUUCCUGCGGGAUGCACUCCCAAACGACCCCCGACUCACGGAGCCACAGCGAGCGUACAUUGUGACUAAGAUUGAUGACGAGUACGGCCGGGUGAUGCGCGACCCCAACCACCCGCUGGACAAAGAGCUGGAGCAGCUGCGCAAGUCCAACUACAAGCUGAACUACAACCGAAAGCUGAAGCAGGCCAACAAGCGCGGCGGCUCGCCCGCUGACGACCUGGACGCGCCGCCGCCACGCUCCUCGGGCGGCCGGCGGGCCGGGCCCCGCGGCGGCAGUAAGGGCGACCUGGCCGGCGGCGACGGCGGCUCCUGGCGCUCUCCCACCUCCACUGGCGGCAACUCAGACUUAGGGGGCUUUGGCGGCGCCCCCCUGGGCGGCCUGCCGCUGGGAGGGCUGGGCGGCGGGCCCGGGGGCGGCGGCGGCGGCGGCAUUGACGGGCCGAUGCCGGCCAUCCCCACGCUCAUGACUGGUGGGCGUGGCCCGCGGGUGGGCCCGCCCGGGCCGCUGUCCCUGGCCGCGGUGGGCGGUGGCGCGGGCACGCCGACCGCCAGCGGCGCGGACAGCGGCGGCGGCCCCGGCGGCCCGCUGGCGCUGCCGCCGUCGGGCGGGCUUGGCCUGGGGCUGGGGCUGCAGCUGGGGCCGGGUGGCGGCGGUGGCCGCGGUGGUGGCGGCGGGCCGAUGGGGUACGUCGGGGGCCCAGGCGACUUGGGGCCGGGCCCAGGCGGCUGGGAUGGCGGGCCGGAUGACGACAUGCACGGUGCCGGCGGGCCGUCGCUACUGCUGGCGGGUGCAGGCGGUAUGGGCGGAGGCAUGGGCGGCGGCGGCGGUGGGGGCCUGUACCCGACGCACUCGGAGCCGCUGCCGGUGGGUGUGGGGGGCGGCAGCGCCGCCAGCAGCCCGCGCAACCUGGUGCAGCGGCGGCUGGGCGGCGUGGGCAGCAACAGCGGGCACGGCGGCCCUGGGCGGCGGUCCUCGCUGGAGCGUAUGGCGCUGCUGAGUGUGGUGGCGGACGGCAAGGUGGUCAAGCAGGCAUCGAGGCGCCAGAGCGGCAGCGGCAGCGGCGGCGCCACGCCUCAGGCACUGGGGCUGCAGGCGCCCGGCUCGCCGCGCGGCUCGGGGCCGCGCUCCCCGCGGGCGCUGCCACGCGCCAUGGCCAGCCCGGGCGGCGCCGCCGGUCGUGAGGGCCUGCUGGACUCCAUGUGGGGCGGCGGCAGCGGCGGCGGCCCGGGGCAACAGCGCGGCGGCGGCGUCCGGGGCGGCAUGCCGGGCGACGGCGGCUGGAUCGGGCCGCCUAGCGGCGGGGUGGCCGGUGGCAGCGGCCCUCUGGGGCGGCCUCACAGCCCGGACCUUGGGCCACACAUGGGUGGCGGCGGCAUGCCGUUGCAGGCACUGCAGAGCGGCGGCAGCGGCUACGGCCCGGCGCACAGCGGCGGCUACGGUGGACCCGGUGGCGGCGGCGGGGACAUGGGCGCGGGGCCGGGGCCGGGGCCGGGGCACUACAACGACAUGUCGGGGCGGGGCCAUCACGACAGCUACGGCUCCGCCCCAGGCAGUUACGGCCCCAACAGCGCCAGCGGGGGCGGAUACGGCGGGCCAGGUGGCGGUGGCGGCGGCCAGGGCGGCGGCAUGGGUGGAUAUGGCGGCGGCGGGGGCCGCGGCGGGGGCUACGGCCCCGGCCCUGGCGGCGGCGGAGGCGCCCCUGGCGGCGGCGGAGGCGGCGGCCUGGCGGCUGCCGGCGUCAACGCCAUUCUUGGCGAUGCCGACGUGGCCAUCCUGGCAGGCCUCAGCCACCGGCCGUCUCUGGGCAUGGAGCAGCUGUCGGCCGAAGAGCUGGCGCUGCUCGGGAUCCAGGGCGCGGAUCGAGACCUGCUGCUGGAUCCAAUUGCCGACGCCAGCCUGGAUCCGCUGGUGGAUCUGUUGCUGCUAGGCGAUGCGCUGGGCGGCAACGGUCGCGGCGGGCCGCAAGGCGGCGGCGGCGGCGGCGGCGCGGCUGCUGACGGCUACAGCGCGCAGCGGCGUAUCUCCGAGGCGCUUGCACCGCUGCUGGGUGGCGGAGUUGGCGGGGGCUUAGGAGGUGGCGGCGGCGGAGGUGGAGGAGGCGGAGGCGGGUACGGCGGCGAUGUGAUGGCGGGGCCGGUGGGCGUGUCGUCGCUGCUGCGGCACCCUGGUGGUGGUGGUGGCGGCGGAGGAGGAGGCGGCCUUCUGGCGGGUGUCAGCGCCGGCGGCAGCGUCAGCGCACCGCACCGGCAGCACCGACUGUCCUCCGUCACGGGCGCUGGCGGCAACGGGCCGCAGCAGCGCACCAGCCGCUUCGCCAGCAGCUCGCUGGACGGCCCGCAGCAGCAUCAGCAGGUCCCGCAGGGCCAGCAGCACAUGCAGCAGCACCCGCACCAGCAGCACAUGCAGCAGCAGCAGCAGGGGCCAGGUGGCUAUGGCAGCCGAGGCCCCGGCUUGGGCCCGCAGCGCCAGUAUGAGGACGAGCCGUGCGGCUACGGCGGUAGCGGUGGCGGCGGCGGUGGCGACGGUGGCGGAUAUGGCAUGGACGGUGGUGGUGGCGGCGGCGGCGGGCCUGGCGGGUACCAGUCUGGCAUGGGGUUGGGCGGGAUGCAGGCGGCACGUACCAGCCUGCACGGGCUUGGCGGCACCGCGCCAGGGUACGGCCCGGGCAGUGGUCCUGGCGGUGGCGGCGGCGGCGGCGGCAGUGACUACGGCCGCCGCAUGGGCGGCCCCGGCCCCGGUCCUGGGGGCCUGGGCGGCAACCCACACGCGCAGCACCUGUUCACAGAGGGCCGCCACUCCGCCCCCGGCCACAUCGGCAUCCCGGGCUGGGACGACCAGCCGGGCGGCGGCGGAGGCAUGGGCGGCCCGGGUCCGGGAGGCGGCGGCAUGGCUGGUGGCGGCGGUGGCGGCUGGCAUGAAGGACCGGAUGAUUGCCGGUCGCGAGGCGUGCAAGGGGGCAUGGAUUCCGGGCUUGGGCCGGAGGGGCAGUUCAUGGGUCGCGGCGGCGGCGGCGGCCGCGGCAUGGCAACGGGCUAUGGUGGCAGUGGCAGCGGCGGUGGCGGUGGCGGCUGGUUUGACCGCGGCGGUGGCGGCGGCGGUGGUGGGGGGCCCAUGGGCAGCGGCAGUGCCGGUGCGCCGCCUGUGCCGCAGCAGUACCGUGGCGGCGACUACAGCGGCCCGGGCGGCGGCGGCGGCGGUGGCAGGGGUUCAAUGGGUGGGGACGUUGCUGGCAGCGCAGGCGCGCGGCCGUCGGGCAUGAGCGCCGGCGGCUCACAGGGCCAGGGCCCGAUGCGGCGCGGCAUGGACCCGCUGGACGGCGACAUGCCGCCGGCAAUGGGCGGCCGCGGCGCGCCGCCACGCAGGAACUCCUUUUCAGAGCGCAUGGGGCCGGGCGGUGGUGGAUACGGCGGAGGAGGCGGCGGAGGAGGAGGAGGCGGGUAUGGCACCGGCUAUGGCAGGCCGAACACGGCAAAUGGAGGGCCAGACAGUGGGGGCGACUGGGGCGACCGUGGCGGCGGUGGUGUUGGUGGCGGUGGCGGAAGUGGCCAGUUGGGCCAGCCGUUCAGCCGGCAGGAGCAGCAGUCGGCGCGGGAGCAGCUAGCGAGGGCGAUGAUGCGCGGCGGCAGCAGCAAUGGCGGCGGGAGCGGCGGCCCGGCGGCGCUGUUGGCGGCGCAGGGCCAGGGUGGUAACAGCGGAGGCGGCGCUGGUUCUGGGCGCACGCACCUCUCAGGGGCGCUGACUGGCGGCCCCACGGGGCCUCACGGGGGAGUCAACUCACCACCGCCCGAGACCAUAGCAUCUUUGCAGGGCUUGCGGCUGCGCAACGAAAUGGACGACUACGGCCAGCGCCACCCGCAGCACUACCAGCAGCACCAGCAGCACCAGCAACACCCCCACCAACGCGACAUGGGCGGCCCCGGCAUGGAGCAGCAGGCCUACCGCCAGCAGCACCAGCAGCACCAGCAGCACCAGCAACAGGGCCCGCCGCACCCCCACUCGCACCGACGGCAGCAACAACAACACGACCCCCCGCACGGCGGCUAUGAUGGCCGGCAGCCGUACCGAGGGCCGCCGGGCGGCGGCGGUGACGGGCCCAGGACAGGUGGCCGGUAUAAUGACGGCUACGGCGGCCCUGGCGGGCCUGGCGGCGGCGGCGGCGGCGGACGGUACGAUGCCGGCCCUGGCGGCGGCCGCUUUGAAGGCGGCGGUGGCGGUGGGCCAGGCGGAGGAGCCGGCGGCGGCUACUACCCGGGUGACCCCAGCGGCGGCCGAGGUGCCGGGCCCCGCCGGGUUUCGGACAGCAUGAGCGGCGGCGCAGGGGGGGGCCGCGGCGGCGGCGCCGGCGGCCCGGGAGGCGGCGCCGGCGGCGGCCCGGGCGGCUACUACGGCGGCGGACCGAGCCCUGGGCCAGGUGCCGGAGGCGCCCCGCGCUUCAGCCGCACCUCCGACAACAUGGCCGUGGGCGGCGGCGGCCCUGGUGGCGGCGGGCCGGGCCCCGGCCCUGGCGGCAGCGGUGCGGGUCUGUUGGAGGCGCUGGACCAUCAGCUGGAGGGCAUUGACGCCUUCGUGGAUCGCAACCUGGAUCUGCUGCGGCGCAACAGCGGUGGAUUUGGAUCCUUCAUGGCCGAGAUGGGCCUGGGCCGCGGCGACCUGGGCGGCCUCAGCUUCUCCGGGGCCGGCGGCAUGAGCUUCACGGGCGCGGGCGGGGGAGGCGGCGGCGGCGGGCCGAACGGCCCUGGCAGCAGCAUGAGCUACGGCCCGGGGCCGGAUGGCGUCGGGGGCGGCGCUGGGCCGGGCGGCGGCGGCGGCGCUGGGCUGAUGGGUGGCCUGGGCAGUAUGGACCUGGAGACGAUGCGGGAGAGCCUGCGGCGGGAGCUGCGGCAGGGUAGCAUGGAGCAGUGGGACGAUAUGGUGCGGGGCCUGGGGCAGCCCGGGCCCGGCGGCAUGGGCGGAGGGGGCAUGGGCGGUGGCGGAGGCGGGUACUAGUGAGCGAUAUGGGAUCAGUGCGCCGGGCUCAUUGCUGGUGUGGCCCCCGCGUGCGAGCGCUCCGCAGUGCUUGGGUAUGUGCACUUGGUGGGCACUGGAUGGAAGCUGGGGUGUGCAGCAAUGGGUAGCGAUACCGCCCCAGCUCAGGUUGGGUUUCGCGUGUGAGAGCUAGGCGGGAAUGUGGUCACGUGCUCAGACGUCGGCAGGACAUCCGUCCGUGUGGCUGAGCAGGCUGGGCGGCGGUGUGGGAGUCACCGCUGGUCAUGCGCGCCCAGCACACUCAGGACGGGGCAGCAUGGGGUCGCACCCCGGGGUCGCACUCAGUUCCCGGACACAUGCAUAUGCGUGCGAGCACAUGCCUAUGCAGUGCAUGAUGACGAGAUGAACGCAGGCAAGAAUGUUGCUGUGCUCCAGGCAUUCCGGGCGUUGCAUCGGGCUGGUGAAGUCCAAUAAUGAUGAUUGAAUUGGCUAUCUACUACCGCGCAUGUGCCCAUGUGCACAACCUGAUUAUGGUAGGCACUAGGAUACCAAAGCUGCCGACAGCCUCACGACAUCGAACGGCGCCUUCGCAGGUCAGGACAGUCAAAGGCGAAAUGGGAGUGUGUGUGUGUGUGUCUGUGUGUGUGUAGCUGGAGUGUUGCGAGUUGCGAUUCCUGGUCCGGGGAAGUGGGUAGUCGGUGCGCUCUGGCCCGGAGAAUGGCCUUACAGUAGGUGCGUGCGUUUGUGUUUUUUGGUGACGUCAGGCUGUUCGAGAAGUCUGGGCUGCCAAGGGGCGCAGCUCUCACAGGGUUUAAGCAGGGGCAGAUGUGCGUUUUUGGGACACGGUACCCAUUGUUCAUGCCUGCCAAAGCACGCGUCAGCUGCACGCGGCAAGUAACACCACAAGUGGUGUGUACAGAGUGUGUAGAGAAAAGGGCCGCCUUGGGGGUGUAUGCACGGAUUGCACGCCCACGGCUACCUACGACUGUUGGUGCUUGGUGCAUUGCCGCUUUGGUCAACGGCCAGGUGCAUGGUACUGGUCACACACUGUAAACUCUGAAACAUAU